AUGUAUGCCAUGUCAAAAUGUAAUGAAAACCUGAAGCUACCUGGGGGUGAGGUGGAAAAAGGCCGCUGCUGCUACAACAUCGAGUUCACCUUCGACGCGGACACACAGGUGGCCAUCACAAUCUACUACCAGGCCAUCGAGGAGUACCACAACGGAGUGCCCAUCAGAUACCUCCCUCAGGACAGCUCCCUGCAGUCAGAGACGGUGCACUUCAAACGGGGCGUCUGUCAGCAGUUCUGUCUUCCCUCACACUCGGUCAACCUGUCUGAGUGGGCCGACGAAGAGCUCCUGUUUGACAUGGACAAGGACGUCUACCCUAUGGUGGUGCAGGCCGUGGUGGAUGAGGGGGAUGACCAUAUGGGACAUUCUCAUGUACUGCUAGCAACCUUCGAAAAGCACAUGGAUGGCAGCUACUGCGUGAAGCCUCUGAAACAAAAACAAGUGGUGAGUUCAUGUUGAUUGUCAUGUUGUUUUGAUUGUCA